GAGCAUUAUCAGAACCACCCGGCUGCAGGAUGUGGGGAAAGUGUGAAAACAAGGGUGCUGCCAGAGACCUGCGUGCGGAGCCGGGCUGCAGGGAGUGGCCCCGGUGUGUGACCGCUUUCUGAAAAGGGCGGUGUGGUGUGGGGGGCUCGGCUUCGGACGGCCAAAUUCACUGACACGGGAUGAGGCACGAGAUAAAACCCGGUUUUCUCUCCCUGGGCCACCAAGGAGCUGGCAGAGAAGGCUGCUUCGACCCUUGGGGCACCACCUGACUUGGUGGCACUGCGUGGAUGUCAUCGAAAGUGUUCCCGGGAGCCUCUGGAUCAGCGGGGAACGGUGUAUGGCCACAGGUGAGGAUGCUCAGUGUUAAGGUUUCCCAGCCCUGGGGGGAAUCUCCUCCAGCUCCUGCCUUUCUGCCUGUCAGGAGAGCCGCUGCUGAGAUGGAGGCCCUGCUGCCCGGUCUCUCCCUGCUUCUGGUCCUGCUGGCAGCGGGAUGGGGAAAUGGGGUGGGCGCAGCCUGGGCGAUGUCUCCUGGUGGCUGCAAGCACGUGCAGAGCACUGCAGACUGCACUGGGAGGUGGCUGAGCUCUGUUCCAGGAAAUCUUCAAGGUGAUAUCGAAGAGCUGUUGCUCAAUGACAACACUAUCCGGGUCCUGGGCCAUGCCUCUCUGCUCCCAUACCCCCAGCUGAAGCAUCUCAGCUUGUCCAAGAACCGGCUAAACCUCAUCGAGCCUGGCACCUUCCUGGGCAGCCAAGGCCUCCACGUGCUCUCCUUGGCAGACAACCUCCUCUUCACCAACUACUCGCAGACAGCAGCUGCUCUUUCUGCUUUGCCAGCCUUGCGGAUACUUGAUCUAUCUGGAAACUGCCUCACUGAGGACAUGUUAUCAGUUUUGCUCCUGAAUCUGCCAUCCUUGGAGUCCUUGUCAGUGGCCAGGAACGCUAUCAUGAGGCUGGACUCGUCUGUCUUCACCAACUUGACGCAGCUUUUGGAGCUGAACCUGGAGAAGAACUACAUCUUUGAGAUCGACCAAGCUUUUGAAGGGCUGCAGAAGCUGCAGAGGCUCAACAUAGCUUAUAACUACAUGCCAUGCGUAGUGGACUUCGGCCUGACCCAGCUCAAGGUGCUCAAUGUCAGCCACAACAUUAUUGAGUGGUUUCUGGCCUUUGAAAGUGACGAUCUCUUUGAACUGGAGGUGCUGGACCUGUCCCACAACCGGCUCCUGUUUUUCCCUGUGCUGCCCCGGCAGAGUAAGCUGCACUCCUUGCUGCUGAAGGACAACGAGAUGACCUUCUACCAGCGUCUCCCCAACGGCACUUCCCUCGCAGAUGUCACCGUGCAGUUCCUGAUCAUUGACGGCAACUCCACCAACAUCACCACGGUCAACCUCUGGGACGAGGUCUGCUACAGCAACCUCUCCUCCCUGCGCCUCCUGGACAUGAGCCAGAACCAGUUCUGGUACCUGCCGGAGGGUUUCCUGGCCAAGAUGCCCUCCCUGACCCACCUGAAGCUCAACCAGAACUGCCUGGAGACGUUCCAGCUGUCAGAGGAGGACCCCUUGGCCAUGCUGACGGACCUUGACCUGAGCCAGAACCAGCUGGUGGAGCUGCAGGUGGGUGCCGGGGCCACCCUGCCCAGCCUGCAGCUCUUCAACCUCAGCACCAACAGGCUGCGGGUGCUCCCCGCUGAAGUCUUCACCUACACCAGGAAGAUCACUACAGUUGACCUCAGCCGCAACCGGCUUGACCUGUGUCCCCAGCCGGCUCUUGCAAGCGAGGUGGAGAGUCCUCCCUGCGUGGACAUCAGGGGCAUCGAGACCUUGAGCCGCCUCUACUUGGCCGGCUGCGGUUUGCAGGGACUGGCCGGCCAGCCCUUCCGAGGGACAUCGCUGACACACCUGGACCUCUCUGACAACCAGCAGGCCCUGUCCGGGGACCCGGGGUGGCUUCAAGACCUUACUGCCACUCUACGGGUUUUGUCCCUCCGCAACACCAGCCUCUCCUCCGCUGUGGUGGACUUCUCCACCCUGCAGAGCCUCGCGGCCUUGGACUUGUCAGGGAACUCACUGAGUGCUCUCCCCGCGUCGCUGAGCGCCGUCAAGCUGCGCAGCCUGGACCUCCGGGACAACUGCCUCCCGGCUCUGCCCGCGGACGUGGCGCGGACGCCCCUGGCGAGGAGCCUGCAGGAGCUCUACCUCAGCCGCAACCCCUACAACUGCUGCACGCUGGGCUGGUGGGAGUCCCUGCAGCGCGUGGAGCAGCUGCGCGUCCCCGACGGGCGCGAGCUGACCUGCAGCUAUGACUCCAGGACGCUGAGCGCCCGGGCGCUGCCCGAGACUGUCCUGCGGGCCUGCCGCUGGAAGGUGGCCAACAUGGCCCUCCUCUACCUGGUGCUCGCCCUGCCCACCUGCCUGACGCUCCUAGUGGCCUUCGCUGUGGUCUUCCUCAUGCUCAAGCAGAAGCUGCUAAAAAUGUUGAAGAGCCGGUGCGGGGCAUCCAGCCCUUACUGAUGGGUGGGGGUGAGGAGGAGAAAGGGCCAGUGGCACUUGGGAUGGUGAGCGUAGGCAAGACUUCGGACAUGAGACGGAGUGGCUGAGAAGCAGCCUUUUGGUGCUGCUGCUCUGGGCACGUCCUUGCCCCAGGUGACCCAGCAGGGAAGUGUUUUCCUCCAUACAGGGUGGUUGCUUUUAUUUAUUCACCCUGCCACAGCUGCCCUCCACAUAUGCCCAUAGGACGUGCCCAGGGGCCAAUGCACCACCCUGGCAUGUGGCUGCAUGGUGCUGGCACUGCUGAAGCCUCUAGUCGACUCCUGGUGUGAGCUGUGAAACCCCAAAGCCACCCUGGUGCUUGGGAACUUCCAUGGUGAACAUUUUGCAUUUGUGGGUUCUGGAGGGCAAGGGUUGAAAUCUCUGUGUAGAAGGUGAAAGAAGUAAGAGCAAGAGCUCUGGCUUGCUGGAUUUGUCACUGAAACUUCAGCCUGGAUGUCUCUGCGGGAUAUAUCACUAAGAAAAAAAGGAUUGAAACAGUGAUGGUGCCCCGAGCAGAACAGUCCCCAUCCCCAUCCCCACCCCACGCUGCCCUGCAUGGCAGUGAGACGAGGCGGUGUCAGCGGGGCAUUUUGGUGCAUUGCUGCUUGGAUCCUGUCUAAAAGAGCCCCUUGGAAAGAACCUCAAGUUGCAACAAUGCAAAAUAUUGACCAAAAGACACGAGAAUAAAUUAUAUUGCUGGUACUGUU